AACGUUUCACGAGUCAACAGCAACGUCUUUCGAGAAGUUCUAGGCGCUGUUUGCGACAUUUUUCUUUCUUUUAUCCGUCAUCCAAUGUUUAAUGUGAUGAAAUAACACGUUGAUUAGUGUGUAUUUUCAAUAUUAGUGUUCAUAGUCGUAAUAAAUUAACCGCUAGAUUACGAUAUAAGCUAAUAUGGGCGACGAAAGCCACCCGAAAACUCUCUACGUCGGUAAUUUAGACGCGAGUGUGACAGAAGAUUUCCUAUGCGCGUUGUUCGGACAAAUAGGCGAAGUUAAAGGCUGCAAAAUAAUUCGUGAGCCAGGUAACGAUCCCUAUGCUUUUCUCGAGUUUACAAAUCACACGGCGGCGGCUACGGCCCUGGCCGCCAUGAACAAACGAGUAUUUCUCGACAAGGAAAUGAAGGUUAAUUGGGCUACGAGUCCUGGCAAUCAGCCUAAGACGGAUACGAGCAACCACCACCACAUAUUUGUAGGUGAUCUAUCACCUGAAAUUGAGACUCACAUAUUGCGCGAAGCUUUUGCACCAUUUGGUGAGAUAUCAAACUGUCGAAUAGUACGUGACCCACAAACGCUCAAAUCUAAGGGGUACGCCUUCGUUUCGUUUGUUAAGAAAGCUGAUGCUGAAGCUGCAAUUCAAGCUAUGAACGGUCAAUGGUUGGGAUCGCGAUCUAUACGUACCAACUGGUCCACACGUAAACCACCAACCAAAGGGCCUAACGAAGGAGCGCCGAGUAGCAAGCGAGCUAAACAACCUACAUUUGACGAGGUCUACAACCAGAGUUCACCGACGAACACGACCGUAUACUGUGGAGGUUUCACUAGCAAUGUAAUCACUGAAGAGUUAAUGCAAAGCACAUUUUCACAGUUUGGCCAGAUACAAGACAUAAGAGUUUUCAGGGAUAAAGGAUAUGCUUUUAUUAGGUUCACAACUAAGGAAGCGGCGGCCCACGCUAUAGAAGCAACACAUAAUACAGAAAUUAGUGGUCACACAGUCAAAUGUUUCUGGGGUAAAGAAAAUGGAGGAACAGAGAACCAGAGUACGAACAAUCCACCUGCAGCGCCCGCGCCAAUGGGAGCGCAAACGCAGUACCCCUAUGCAUACCAACAAGGAAUGGGAUAUUGGUAUGCUCAGGGCUACCCCGCGCUACAAGGCUACAUGGCGCCCGGGUACUAUCAGCAAUAUGCCGCAACCUACAGCACCCCGCAAGCCGCAGCAGCUGCCGGCUACCGCAUGAGCAUGCCGGGCGGCGGCGCGGCGGGCGGGUCGUGGGGCGGCGCGCCGCAGCCGCUCAUGUACGCGUCCGUGCCGUCCGCGCAGUACCCCUCCCAGUAGCGCGCCCGCCGCCCCCCGCAUGAGCCCACACCGACACAUCAUGUAACAAUAGAGAUACCGUCGACGCCCGCUCGACUCCUGCGAGAGAUCACGACGUCCUAGGGAACGCUGUACUGGAAUACCUCCGGUCCUCGUACGUCCUGCGAUGGUGCUGCGUUGCGUUUCGUUAUCGUAAAUACAUAUAUCUACGUUAGUCGUGACGACGUCCGACUGGGAACCCGGAAAUGUUAUAUUAUACCGCGUAAUGUUUAAGUUUGUUUGUAUAAUUUCUUUAUCGCAUACUCGCAUAGAAUGAUUUUCUUUUGUAUAUCCUCAUUUAAAUAGGCAACACAAUAUUUGUGAUCUGUGAAUAUAUUUUUCCAAAGUAGUCGAGAAUGUAAUGGUACUAGGAGGUUUCUCGGUUCCCUCGUCCGAUCGGAGAUAUUUCACUACAACUGGCGACUUCAAUUAUUUGUCGAUUGUAUUUAUAUUUUUUAUCGUGGAGUGUAAAAUAUUCGACAAAUGGAUGUAGUGACAGCGUUGCUGGUCGAUGAAAACAGCACAAACAGUGUUAAUAAUUGAGUUUUCGUGGGGACGGCUGCUUCAGCGUAUCCUAUCAGCCUUAAAUGACUGCCUUUAGAAGAUUAUGGUACAAGAACUUGACUUUAUACAGCGAAUGUUUGUUACUGAUUACUGAUAUGUUAUACCGAUUGUUAUAGAUAAGAACAUUUUGUCGUAACCGAAUAUAUUUCGUCCAGUUCAGUAGCGACGGUAGAGCCAUGUUACUCAUAUCUGGUACAGUUGACUUGACGGAGAUGUCAGAAGUCUUUAUGAAACAAAGCACGGAUCAGAAGGAACUCAUGCUACGGGUGGGAAGUGACGAGUCGGUCUCCGGUCGCGCAGCGCCCCGCUGUCGAUAGUCGAUCUACAUAGAUAGGACAUAACGAAAUAAAUUAUAAAUUUUUAAAAAAAAGUUAUAAUUAUAUAGGGGGAGUAGUGUCGCGAGUGGCCUCGUGUACAUAAGUUGAUAUUUAUUGGCGCCCUGCGCUAGCAGACUGAGCUGUAUUCCCGAUCACUCCUCGCACGACGCGCCAGACCUUACGUUGACGUAUUUAUAAUUAUUAAGUUCGGCACAUGUUGUUUUGUUUGACCUGAAUUGUUAUGAUUUAUUGUAUGGAAACACUGGUGAGUCAAUAAAGCAGUGGGUCUGGGA